GUCAUCACGUGGGACAGGGUGAAUUUGGUAUAUAUAGACGUCUUCCUCGCUCCUGAAAGCAUCAUUCCUCUCCUCAUCUCAGCAUGGCCAAUAUGGAUGCCGACCUGGUCUUAAUCGAAUCUGAUUCAGACAUGAGUUCGAUCUCGCAAACGGCUCCGACCAGCCGAAGGAAAAGAAGACGCGAAGAAGAGCAACACGAUGAACCGCAAAUGGUUCCAACGGGCCAAAGGAAAAAAAGACGCGUAGAAGAACGACACGAUGAGUUGCUGGAAAUGCAUUGUUCUGACUGCAUGGUUGCAAUCUCCGAUACCCAGAUAGUCUACUUUUUUCCGUUCUGCAAAUGCAUUUCCUGCAAUCAGUGCAUGGUUCGACCGGUCCUUGACCAAAUUCGCGCACGUGGCGUCAGCAUCCUUGAAGAGGCGGUGCUCGAUAUAAUGUUGCACAAGGAAACAAUACUCCCCCAAAUUGUAAUCGAUAAGAUGAAAUGCCGCCACAAUGGUUUGCGAGGUGCAAUCAAAUGUUAUGGUACCGCCUGUACAUUAUGCUUAGAGGAGGGACUACCGAGCCAAGGAUGUGGAUAUCUGCCCUGUGGCCAUUCAUUCUGCAAGUCUCACAUCGAAGAAUGGUUUGAAACAGCGAGGACAUGUCCUACAUGUAGGAUAAGUAUUCCUGACAAGGGCGGAUGUUUUAGGC